UGUGGUCGGCGGGAGGGCGGGCGAGGAGCAGCCGCAGCAGCGGGACGCGGCGGCGGCGGCGGCAACGGCAACGCGGCCCGUCAGCUGGGCGCGGUGCAGCGGGGUCGGCAGGCCCGGCCUGCGGAGAUUCGGCCGUCGCCAUGCCUGGGAUAGACAAGCUGCCCAUCGAGGAGACGCUGGAGGACAGUCCCCAGACACGUUCUUUGCUGGGUGUAUUUGAAGAAGAUGCUGCAGCUAUUUCCAGAUACAUUAGCCAAUUGUAUCAAGCCAUGCACCGAAUUUAUGAUGCACAGAAUGAAUUAAGUGCAGCAACACAUUUGACUUCGAAGCUUCUAAAAGAUUAUGAGAAGCAGCGUUUCCCUUUAGGGGGUGAUGAUGAAGUUAUGAAUUCCACGCUGCAGCAGUUUGCAAAAGUGAUAGACGAGCUCAGUUCUUGUCAUGCAGUACUAUCAACUCAGUUAGCUGAUGCCAUGAUGUUUCCUAUUACCCAGUUCAAGGAAAGAGAUCUAAAAGAGAUAUUAACUUUAAAAGAAGUUUUCCAGAUCUCAAGCAAUGAUCAUGAUGCUGCCAUCACCAGAUACAGUCGGCUGUCAAAAAAAAGGGAAAAUGAAAAGGUCAAAUAUGAAGUUACAGAAGAUGUAUAUACUUCCCGGAAGAAACAACAUCAAACUAUGAUGCAUUAUUUCUGUGCAUUAAAUACUCUGCAAUAUAAGAAGAAAAUUGCUAUGUUAGAACCCUUAUUAGGAUACAUGCAAGCUCAGAUAAACUUCUUUAAGAUGGGCUCCGAAAAUCUUUCUGAACAGUUGGAAGAAUUUUUAACAAACAUUGGGACAAGUGUACAAGAUGUUCGCAGGGAAAUGGAUCAUGACGUAGAAACUAUGCAGCAAACGAUAGAAGACUUGGAGAUAGCCAGUGACCCUCUAUAUCUGCCUGAUCCCGAUCCUACAAAAUUUCCUGCCCAGAGGAACCUUACUCGGAAAGCUGGAUAUCUUAAUGCAAGAAAUAAAACAGGACUGGUGUCUUCCACUUGGGACAGACAGUUUUACUUCACGCAGGGUGGAAAUCUCAUGAGCCAGGCAAGAGGUGAUGUAGCUGGUGGCCUUGUUAUGGAUAUAGACAACUGCUCAGUCAUGGCUGUGGAUUGUGAAGACAGAAGAUACUGCUUUCAGAUAACAUCUUUCGAUGGGAAAAAGUCUUCAAUUUUGCAGGCAGAGAGCAAAAAAGACUAUGAAGAGUGGAUAUGUACAAUAAACAAUAUCUCCAAACAGAUAUACCUGAGUGAAAAUCCAGAGGAAAUUGCUGCCCGUGUGAAUCAGUCAGCUUUGGAGGCUGUCACGCCCUCCCCUUCCUUUCAGCAGCGGCACGAGAGCAUGAGGCCAGCCAUUCAGCCUCGUCCUCCCACAACUCGUACUAGCAGCACUGGGUCUUUGGGGUCAGAUUCAGCAUCUUUAUCAGCACUUUCCUUGGAUUCACUUGUGGCACCUGACACUCCCAUACAGUUUGACAUCAUUUCUCCCGUAAGCGAAGAUCAACCUGGUCAAGCCAAGCUCUCAGGGCAAUCAGGCAGGCGUACAAAUCCAUUUGGAGAAUCUGGAGGAACCAAAUCAGAAACAGAAGAUUCUAUCCUUCAUCAGUUAUUUAUUGUAAGAUUCCUUGGAUCCAUGGCAGUGAAGUCAGAUGAAUGCUCCGAUGUUGUUUAUGAGACUAUGCGCCAAAUAUUAGCUGCCCGAGCUAUACACAACAUUUUUAGAAUGACAGAAUCACAUUUGUUAGUCACAUGUGACUGUUUAAAGUUAAUUGAUCCACAGACACAAGUUACAAGACUCAGGUUUCCUUUGCCAAAUAUAGUUCUCUAUGCAACACAUCAGGAAAACAAGCGCCUUUUUGGAUUUGUUCUUCGGACUUCGGCAGGGAGAGCAGAUAGCAGACCAACUUCAGUCUGCUACAUAUUUGAAUCAAAUAAUGAAGGUGAAAAGAUCUGUGACUCUGUAGGACUUGCUAAGCAGAUUGCAUUACAUGCUGAAUUGGAUCGUAGAACAUCAGAAAAACAGAAAGAAAUAGAGAGAGAGAAAGAAAAACAGCAAAAAGAACUAAGUAAACAAAAACAAAUUGAAAAGGACUUGGAAGAGCAGAGCCGACUAAUAGCUGCAUCUAGUAGAGCCAACCAGAGUGUUGGUGAGGGACCGUUUGUAGUCCUUAGCAGUAGUCAGUCAGAAGACAGUGAUUUGGGAGAAGAUGGAAAAAAGAAACGAGAAUCUGAAGCAUGAGCUGACUUCAGUUCAAGUCUUUGAACCUGUUCUCUGAGAUAAGUUGUAAGUUGCAGAAGAUACAGAGGUGGAGGGUUUGCUUGACUAGAUGAGACCCACGAAGCUUUCCUGCUUAAUGUACAGUGGACUUCCUUGCAUACUGUGGUGAAACUAUUUUGGCUAUAAUAGAAUUGAAUCUUACAGAUCUGUUUUCUUUUCUUCAUGUACCUAGCUGUCCAGGGAACUUCAUGAGGAAGAGGUUGGCAUAAGUUAAGUUUAAAGAAAUAUAUGGAAAAAUCUUUUAUCUGAAAUUUCUGUUCUCAACAUCCAGGUGGAUUAACUGCUUUAGUUUGUUCAGGCUCCUUUACAUAUUAACAAAUUUAAUCUGACAAAGGAGACGCUAACCCAUGAAAGGUUACGCUAUAAUACAUUUGUUCGGAUUUAAGGUGUCAUAGGACUCUUUGUUCAAGCUUAUUUGAUUCCCAAAGAUGAAUGAGAACACAAACAUAAGGGUGCUAAUUUGUAGAUAACUGCUGAGAAGGAACAACUAGGGUGAAGCCAGUAAAACUGCAGUGCUGUUUUUAGAUUAAAUGUGAGGCUGCCAUUUUUACUUGAGCUUGCACUGGAUGCUCUUGGCCUUGGCUUCUCCUCGAUACACUUUGGAAGAUGUUUGUUGAGGGCUGCAAAGAUAGUGAAGCAGAAGUCAAACAUUAGUGUGGGAUGCAAUUGCGCUAUGUAUUUGUAAUGUUACACAAGUAGACUCUGAUAUGUCUCGGUGAGAAUAGUAUGUGUACCGUUUGAAACAUUUGUCUGCAGUGAUUAUUGGCAUUAAAAUAUAAAUUGCCAAAAUAAAUUCAAGGUCUGUCCUCAGCAGUGCGGUUUGAGAAUGUGGAUGAAAAGAACUAUUUGUAUGGAGACUUUGUCAACUAAAUGAUGAGAAUCUGCUUUUAUAAUACAUGUCCAUGAUUAACCUAAUGUCAUUAAACUCUUUUGUAGAACAUCAUUGCUAAUCAAUCCACAUGCAAUAUAAACAUAUGCACAGAUGGAAUAUAUCUGCAGAAUCAUUAACAAAAAGUUAGACUGAGAUUCUGCAUCCUCUUUUUUUCCAGUUACAUGUAUAAUUAUUCCAACAUAAUGUCAAGUGUUGUCCUUUAUUUCCAGAACAGGAACAUGGUUUAUACAAAAGAAUGUAUAAUGUAAAUUGGACCCCUUACUUUAAGUAAAGUGGGAGUAAAAACCACUGUUUUGGCUUUCUGAUCCAUCAGUUUCUUUUCUGAAAAGUGGUACAUAAAUACUGAUCAUUAAAUAAAUUCUUACUUUAAAAAGCAAUCCAAAGAAUGAGUAGUAGUUGAUGGAAACACAUUCAUAUAAGGCAGAGGCAGUGUUGUGCCUCCUGAACUGUUGGUACCAAUAGGUGAUUGUCAUCUAAACAAAGCGAGGCUUAUAUCUGAGGAAUGGACACAUCACAGUAACUCAGUUGUGCUUGCUUUUUCCAUCUGCCAGUUUGAUUUUACUUAGUGCUAAGCAAGCAUCACUCUGAAAGAUAAGCUCAAUUCUACAUUUGUCUUUAGAAUGAAGAGAUCAGGUAACCCGAACAAAUGUGACAACAUACUAUCGCAUAAGAAAAUGCACCAGAUUCCAUUUAUAUAUGGGCUAUUUUAAAAUACCCACAUUUUUGAAUCCUUUUAGAGAGUUGUGCAGGAAAAAUUCCUGUAGGACUCUAGAAGACUGUCUGGUUGUGUGAACAAGGAUGUGUUUUGGGGAAUGGGCAUGUUCCUGCUGCAGGUGAUAAGGAGAUGGGAAGGGCUUCAGAGAAUUUAGCAGGGGUGAUGACCACCCAUUCACUGGCAGUAAUAUCACCUUCUGUCUUCUUGGGUCUUUUGAUUGGUUUCAGCUUGUAUAGAAGACAAAUGGCAUUUGCAGAAGUCUGGAUCCAUAUUUAAGCAUGUGCGGCAAGGCUGGUUGGAGCAGAUUUCCCUGCCUCCACAUCCCCAUGGCAUCCUCUGCAGGCUACCCAAAACUACACAAAUUGUUGGAGGAAACACUGCUGUAGUCUUGCGGGACCCUAACAAUUAGGUGGAGUAUCUUACGUGAGUGAAGCCUGGGGGAAUGCCAUUGGAAUGAGGGGAUAGGGUACCUCCGUCUGCCAAGCUAGUAAUUUCUCUGCUGAAGAAAUACUUUUAGCCAUGUCUGCCUGGGGGCAGCACAUUCUAAUUGGCAAAAUCUUUCACAACUGCUGUCCUACCUUUCGGAGCUGCUUAUAGCCGUAUUUUAUGUUACAAGAAUUCUAGACUUGUGCUGAAAUGGAUAAUAAAUCUGCUUCUAUUGAUAGAGGACAGUUAAUUGUUAUCACCUGUGUGUGCACUUGUAUAUAUGUAAAGAUAGAUGUUAAUACACUGUAUUCUAAUGUGCAUAAUACCAAAUCUCUUUAUUAAUAAUUUCAUCAAAUUUCCCUGUCCUUAUCCUCUGUGAAGUCAAAUAUCAUUGCCAGAGAGUUUAUAUAAUGGCUCCUUGUGGUUUGAAAGUUGUUAGGGUUGUUGUGUUUUGUUUUUGACUUAACUCCCCGUAUGUUUGGAUAGUUUAGAAGAAAUGUAAAUUCUUUGCAUAUGUUUGGAAGAAACAUUAAGAGGGAGGUCACAUUUUGUUAUUAUGUUUACAUUACACUGCAUUUGUAUUCUGCCUUUUUUCUUCUUGUGAGGAACCAAAAGCAGCUGACGUAACUCCAUUUUGCCCUCAUAGCAACCUGUGGGAGGAAGGUCGGGCUGAGAGGGAGUGACUGGCCCAAGGUCACCCAGUGAGCUUCAUGGCCAAGCAGGGUCUAGAACCCGGAUCUCUUGAGUCCCCCAUCCAGCACUCUCAUCACCGCUGGAUAUACAUAAGAAUGUGUGUGUGGGUGUGUAUGGGGGGCAGAGAGACGGCUCAGUUUCCUUGGUUAAAAGGUAGAUUGUAAAGACAUGGCCCCUCGGUGAAACAGUGUAUUCAGAAGACUGUUUUACUCAUGUAAACAGUCCUUUGAUAUUGCUUAACACUGGAGUGUUCAUUCUCCCCAUAUCUAGUUAGGAAAAUCUGCACAAUCUCUGUAUGUAACCUUGCCCCAAUGACCACGUUAAUUAUUCUGUUGGAGAUACUGUCUGCAUUGAAAAAUAGAAGUUGGUUGUCUGGUUAAUAUGCUCAUUAUUACUGAACAUAAUGAGACUUCCUUCUGAGUGAACAUGCACAGGUUUGUGUUGCCUAGGUGCAAGGUUAAACUUAGGAAAGUUGCAUGCCUGCAGUUGCUCGCCCUGUUAUCUCCAACUUAUAGCAAGUCCAUGAAUGAAAGUCCUCCAAAUGUCUUGUCCAUGAUGACGGCCCUUCUAAGUUCAAGGCUGUGACUUCCUUUAUGGUUUCAUCCCACCUCAUAUUCUGUCUUCCUUUCCUUUCAUCCCACCUCAUAUUUGGUCUUCCUUUCCUUUCAUCCCACCUCAUAUUUGGUCUUCCUUUUCCUAGCAUGAUGGUCUCCUCCAGCACCUAGUUUUGAACACAUCCAUUUUCUUCUAUCAGCCUUUUUCACUGUCCUGCAUUUACACCCAGACAUAAGUGAUUGGAAGUACAAUGCUUGCUCUCGUCUGCUUUUUAAAUUGUCUUUUUGUAAACUACCAGAUUGUUAAGAAUGAAAUUGAAGAUUGUUAAAGAGAAAUAUUUUUGCAUGUUCCCUUCUUCCUGAUGUACAGUGGUCCAGAGACACACCUUGAAUUGUUUGCAUGUGAAGCUGAUCUUUUUAAAAAAGAAAGAGAGAUGACUUAUUUGUGUAUUCUCAAACAAAACCAAAACCCAUUCCCUUGUUUGGUACUUUUUAAUAAUUUUGGCUUUCUAUUCUUGAAGCCCUUCCCCUCCAAAUUGAUUCAGAGGCCCUCUUUACUCUGAAAAUACAUAUAAUAGUCAAUCAGAUCAUAUUGUUAACCAGUCUGGUAGAAAAACAAUCCAACGUGUAACUCUGAAGGAACGAUGUUCUGGAAAGAGAAUUAUAAGCAAGUCAAGAUGUUUGUAAUUUGGGUGGCUUUAAUACUGUAGUGGAUUGGUCAAAUUCUUACAGUAAUGUAAUAGUUUGGUCCUGUUCCAGUGGUUGUGACUUUUGCAUUAUUCUUAAGAGCCUAAUACAAUUAUGCCCUUAAUCUUUGUAUUAAUAAAUACAUGAUGAUUGUUACUAUCAAUUGCAGAAUGAAAUCAAGAUACUAAUAAAGCUAUUUGGAAAGGAUGUGAGUAAAGUCCAGUUAAUUUUAGAGGGUUGUUUUUUCAGUGAUUUUGUAAAUAUUUUUGAUUGGAUCCAGAUUUAGUCUCAUGUAAUUGGGCUUUCUCACCCCAGUCUCCCCGUGGCAGUCAUCAAGGAUCACGGGGCUGUACUGAAUAAUGUAUUCCAUAGUGCAAUGAGGAGAGGAUUCUGGAAAUUCAGGUAGAUUACCUUUCCAUGGGAGUGCCUAAAUCUGGACCCAAUCCUAUGAUUGCAAUUAUUCCACAAAAGCUCAUCUUGUAUCAAAGUACCUGAAAGCCUUUCUUAAAUGUAUUAAGUCUGUCAUUCAGAAACUUUAUCCAUAUAUUUAAUAAUAGUCAGAGAAUCAUUUAUUGUACUUAAUAAAAAAACAGAUUAACAA